AUCAUUUUAUUUUUAGCCGACCUUUGUGUUUAAUUUUGGAUGAAUCUUUAAAAAUUCAAUCAAUAAAUAAAAAUGCUGAAUCAACGAAUGAGUCUUAUAGAUGGUAGAGUUAGUCCUAAAAUGCCCAAAACAAAUGCUCAAGAUGAUAUAGAUAUCAAGAAGAUCAGACCUGUUACAAAAUUCAAUAAGAGAGAGACGGGCCACAGAGUGUUUGUCAACAGGAGCUUGCAAUUGGAAAAAGUCAAAUUUUUUGGGUUUGAUAUGGAUUACACCCUAGCCAUGUACAAAUCACCGGAAUAUGAAUCUCUAGCUUUUGAUUUGGCACUCAAAAGGAUCGUGAAAAUAGGAUACCCAAAUGAAUUGUUGGAAGUUCAAUAUGACGCUUCUUUUCCUAUGAGAGGUCUGUGGUUCGACACAUUUUACGGGACCCUUCUCAAGACUGACCCAUUUGGUCACAUACUAUUGUGCGUUUCUGGGUUCGAUUUCCUAGACCCGCACGAGAUAUCUAAACUUUACCCAAACAAAUUCAUAAAUCUCGAUGAAAAUCGGUGUUACGUCAUGAACACACUCUUUGAUCUUCCAGAAGCUUACCUACUCACAACUCUUGUUAAUUAUUUCAAAAAUAACCCAGAUUAUACCAGGGAUGUGACCGGUGUUAAAUGUGGAGAUAUCUUUAUGUCCUAUCAAUCUCUCUUCCAAGAUGUCAGAUCGGCAGUUGAUUUCAUUCAUGCGCAAGGGUCCUUGAAAUCGUUGACAGUUCAGGACAUUGAAAAGUAUGUGCACAAAGAUGAAAGGCUGCCACUCUUUUUGGAAAGAUUAAAACAAGGUGCCAAAGUUUUCCUGUUAACUAAUAGCGGCUACGAAUAUACGGAAAAAUUGAUGACAUACCUCUUCGAUCUUCCUAUCAAGGAUGGCAAGGAACACAGGAAUUGGAAAACUUACUUCGACUACAUUUUUGUGGAUGCCCAGAAACCCGUUUUUUUCAAAGGAGGAACCAUUCUCAGACAAGUCGAUGAAAACACUGGAAUAUUGAAAAUUGGAACACACGUUGGACCUUUAAGGAAAGGCUACAUUUAUUCCGGAGGAUCGGUAGAGACCGUAAGUCAGCUAAUGGGCGUAAAGGGGAAGGAGAUUCUCUACGUAGGAGACCACAUUUUCGGCGACAUCUUGAAAUCGAAAAAGAACUGUGGAUGGAAAACGUUUCUUGUUGUUCCUGAACUCAGCAAAGAACUAGCGGUGUGGACUCAACGUUCGGACCUUUUUGAUAAGCUCAACUUCACUAUUGGUCAGUUGGCCGGAAUAUUCAAAAAUAUGGAUAUGAGAUCCCAUGAAAGACCUGACAUCAGAAACCUUCAGCACAGAAUUCAAGAAACGGUCCACGAAAUGGAUACGGCUUACGGACUCUUGGGAAGUGUUUUUAGAAGCGGUUCCCGCCAAACAUUUUUCGCAAGUCAGGUGAUGAGAUACGCUGAUUUGUACGCUGCCACUCCCAUCAAUCUUCUUUACUACCCACUAUACUACAUGUUCAGGGCUCCUGAUAUGCUCAUGCCCCACGAACUAACUGUCGAACACCAGGAGAGUAAACUAGGACGCAUAUCACCAACAGCCAUCAAUGGCGACGUCAAAGGUUUUGGUAAUCUGUUUACACCACCUCCGCGUAUCAGUAGCACUGUCGAUGCUUCGCCACCCACCCGGAGAGCCAUGUCCCUCCAGCCCCUACCCUUGGCGCCACCCUCGUCCAAAUUCCAUGGGUUCCAUGAUGAAGAUAUUAGCGAAGAAGAAGAUGUGGGUAGUUUGAGCAGCGCCCAUAGCUCCAAUAGUUCCUCUAGUAGAAGGAGUUCUUGCGACAUUUGCUUAGACAGAAAGCGGGCGUUUACAUAUAAAGUUGCCGAGUUGGCUAAAACAAAUCCUGUUGCAGCGCAAGAAUUACUUGCAUCAGAUCAACUAAGAUAUACUCGUCAAAAAUGUCUCGUCGAUCAACCUAAUGCCAUCCAUCACCAUUUCAUAAAUGUGAGCGGUACCAAUCAAGAUAAUUCUAAGCCCGGGGAUCUAUCUAGUAAAUCAGGCGCAGGGACCGAAACUGGGAAUAUAGAGAUAGAGGGAGGUGAUAUUCCGGAUGCCGAAAAGGGCAUAGGAAUUAGGAGAGGGUCCGCCAUUUAUAAUGAUUAAAGAAAUUGUUUUUAAAUUUUCGCUCAUUGAUAUAAAUAAUAUUUAGUGAAUUUUUUUAAAAAAAUUAUAUUUUCUAAUAUCAUGAUCUUGGCGAAGGGUUUUUAAUUAUGGAAAUUUUAAUUAUUCAGAGGAGAAAUGGUUUCAGAUGUUUUCACAAAAUUGU